AUGAUGCGACCUGAUCUUGCUCCAGCCGAUUCGUCUCUUGCAAUCACUGUAAAGGCAGCAACCGCAUCCAAAGAUGCCUCGCCAUGGAAUCUCUUUGAAAAGGCAUCAGUGAUCGAUGUGUCCGCCAACAAGCAAUGGAUUGCAUAUAUUACUGAGGAUGCUACAGACAAUUCCAAGUACCUGAACAUUCGCAGAUUCAAGAUACCAAACACUGUCAACGGGCCUGGUUCAUCAGGCACAGGUCGAGUCGAUUCGCAUUCAACACAACUAUCUAGCUCCAGUUCCGAUGAUCCCGAGAGAUUUGAUCUCACAAAAUACAUUAAAAAGGACAAUCACUUCUACUACUUUCUAUCUAUAUCGCGUACUGGCAAGCGUGUGGCUCUGUCUUUUAUCAAGUUGACCGAGUAUGGAGAGGCUGAGACAACUCAAGAAAUACAAAAUCCUGACACCAUCAUCUUUAAGGUUGGGACCGCUGAUAAUCGUAUCCGCAAAGCAAAGCGCAUCAAGUUUCAGGGCAGAGCUGUGUUUCUCAAGAAUGGAAAUCUAGCUCUUAUCAACAAGCAGGUGCUGGAGAUUUACAAUUGUCAAAAACGCUAUGAAAAGAUUCACUGGUUUAAUUUGUAUCCUCUGACCGCUACCCGAGGAAGAAUGACUCAUGAGGGUAUUGUUGGUCUGGAAUCGCUCAUCAAGACUUCCUAUGUCUAUUUUGAUCCUCACAAGAUCCAUUCAGCAGCUGAUCUCAAGGACAUUAUCCGUAUAUCCAAGCAUAUAAGACAUAAUGUUCUGACAACUACCUACCAUGAUUAUGUCUCUCGUGUUUGGUCUAUCACUGAAGAUGGCGUUCGACUGACAUCGUUUCAUUCACUAUCAAUGGAGGAGAUAAUGGCAUUCUCACUGGACUACAAGUAUUUAGCUACCUUUGUGGAGAAGGACAAAUCGAUCAACGUGUACAAUGUCAAGAGCGGGCUUGUUGUCAGUAGGUUAAAGCAAGGCGAUGCAGUGCCACCAAGCACUGUAGAUGCUGACAGCAAUAAUAAUUUUCAAUUAUACGUGUGCUUCUGUCAUAAAUCGCAGUAUUUAGCCACGGUGUCUAUUAACAAACUGAAAGAGACAGACAGUAGCACUGGAAACAACGCUUUGAUUACCUUUCAAGUGUGGAAUAUCAUGCCUGAGAAAUCCGUCUACUAUGCCACUGAGCAGAUACGCGUUGACUGGGACAUGCAAGACAAAUGUAUUCAGCCAUUUGUCGACGAGGAGGUCAGAAAUCAGGUACCUGAGUUCAGAGCCGUCUAUUCUACAACUUCUACAAGCGGCAUGGUGGAAAUCAAAGUGAAAGAGUUGGAUAUCUUUAAUUCGCAAGUGUACAACAACCGUGAGCAAAAGAGCAAAGCCAUCAGUAGAAGCAGCAGCAAUACCGGCAUCAGCGGUAAUGUUCUUUGGCAAGAUGUUCCUUCUGCGCCCUCUUCCAGCACGCAAAUAACGAUUCAUGAAGAAAGGAGUUAUACCCCUGACUUGGACAAUGACCUGAAUGACUACAAUAGUUUGACAUGUUUUCAGCGCAAGGUUAAUGGAAGAUCCUACCUCCUUCGAUUUGGAAAGAAGACUGUGCAGCUAUGGCAGGUAUCAGCAUCGAAUACAGGCGGCAGGAUCACAGCAGAGGACAAGCUCAUCUAUAUACGCGCAUUUAAAACGCCCUUCUUUGGUUUCAAUGAUGCUUACAAAGACAUGUGGUCUCGUAAAGAGACAAAUGCAAAUGGCGACUCUGUCAACUGCUUCCAAGACAAGCAGGAGGGGCGUAUUGUCAUCAGUAUUACGCGUGAUAAAGGAACUGUGGACAAAUCUGCGCCAUAUGUUGGAGCAGCAGCAGCGGACUAUUCUGAUACUACAGAUAGUUUUGAAGACGUUGCUGAUGUACACCAUACAGUUGAGUUCUCUGGCCUUGAUACUAAACGAGAGGUUGAAUACGAAAACGACUGUCAUCACACGGAGGAAAUUUAUUUGCCUAUAGAAUACAUGAACAAUCCCAAUGAUACGUCCUUUAUAUAUGAAUACCACUAUGUUGAAAGCGCAUGUCAAGCAUUGCAUUAUCUGUGGGAAUGUACUCGAGCAAGGAGAGAGGCAAACCAAGGGGAGAUUCAGAGCAACAAUUUAGAAAUCAUCUUUGAGCAAACAAAGAACAUGGUCAAGAGAUCUAUCCGAAGCAUGCGGGGUCGCGAAUCAAAGUACUUUACAACCAUCUCUGGAAGCAACACACUGGCCAUACUUGCCUCAUUCGAGCUUGGACGCGAGAUUAUAUUUGACAUUAUUGAAACAGAAGAGCUGCCCAUCACACUAUUCAGCUAUGUUAGGUCCAGUUCAAGCCAAGCAGUUCCCGGAAAAACCAUGGACACGAGUGAAAAUGCACUGACUAUCCUUAUUGAAGAGUUUGAUUACGACUUGUAUGAAUUGAUGUUCAACAGGGUAAUUUUCUACUCAAAGCAAUUGGGAACUGGCUGCUUUUCUGCUGUUACCGAUGCAUUGAUUUUCUUGCAAGAGCGUGGAAACAGAGAUCUUUUACUUUCCAGCACGCAAAAAUUGUCCUAUUUGCAAAUUGACAAGAGGAUUCUCACUAUACUGGCAUCUGAAGUGGGAGAAGAAAUGCACAUGUCUACCUUGCACAAAGAUCUGGUGUCUGACCUGAGAGAUUUGGAGUCUCAUUCUACACGAGAGCAAGUAACAAAGUACAACAAUCGCUGGUUGUUGCAAGGUUGGCUGGAGCACGUAUUCUACUGGUGGUCGUUCUACGUUUCCCACUAUUUCAAACAAAAAUUUGGAAGAGUGUGGAGGCGAAUCAUAACUGAUAACUUUCUGGCCAAUUUCUUCAAGAAGGACACUACUAAAAUCAAUGGGAGUUUGAUCAAGCUUUGUAUUGUGCCACUGCCUCACUUUAAUUCCUACAGUGAUUUCCCGGAAGACAGAGACAAUAGACGUCAAUUGAUUCGAUGCAACACAACUGAACACACUCACACUCCAGAGCCUAGAGGAUAUCUUGCAAGAUGUCUGUCACGCUUGGGCUUAAAGAAGGACGAACAUGUAGACGAUACCACUGUGAUACCGUACAAGCCAGAAAGUGCCUUUAUCAGACUAGCUACAAAUCAGCAUGAAAACGACAUAUUUCAUCAAGGCGAUACCGUGCUUGAGGUGCUGCUUCAAUACAAGUGGGAGAAAUUUGCUCGCAAACGGUUCCUUAUGGUGUACUUGAUCUACCUUACCUACUACAUUUCUUAUUCGAUUGGUGUAUCGUUCCCUCGCGAAGUAUUUGGAUACGAAUUAGGGACUUCUAUAACCAACAACAAUGGUCAUCUUGCUUGUGUCAUCUUGAUGUUUAUCUCUGGAGGCAUUCUUUUGAUUCAAGAGGCUCAUCAACUGCUCAAAUCUCACAGCAAGUCGGCUUAUUUGGCAUCGCUGUACAAUAUCAUUGAUAUUGCAGCAUUUGUAUUCCCUGCUGUUACGUUCUGGCAAACAUUAGCUAACGCAGAUCAUCUGGCAAGUUGUUAA